AUGGCGACUGACUCGACCCUUCUCAACUCUGAGAUGGAGUUACAGCAGCAAGAAGACCUCUAUCAGCAGCUGUUAUCACAGACAAUAGGAAAUAUGCAGACCGCAAAUCCAGAUACCAAAGUUAUUCGGCCGCAACCCGGAAUAUGUGUGAAGACAACAUCAGAGCCCAGCAAGGAGAAGGUCUUUGUCAACAUCUGUCAGUCAAACUUACUUCCCGCUCCACCGGAGCUCUCCAGAGAAAAACUUUUGGACUUGCUCCAAUCAGAAGAUCCCAGUGGCUACAGAGUUCCCAUGAGCCUCGGGGAGCCACACACUGAAGUGGACAACAACUCUCAGGGGUGUACAGCGUAUGACGUGGUAAUCAAUCAGGACUUUUUCCAGAAGUGUCAGAAGGAACCAUUGUUCCAACAAUUUGUUAUCAUGGUGUCUUUGGAAGGUCUAGAGAACAAAUACAACAUUGAGCUUAGUAGAGAAUGGAAGGUACUGAAGAACAGAAAGUUCUUGGGGUCAGUCAGCGAGCAGAACAUUCGCACAAAAAGCAAGCCAGUUAUUCAAGAGCUGCAACCGCCGGAGACCUCCCCUUCAGAGGCAAGAAGACCAGAAUUCACCUUGUUUGUGGAGCCACCCUCUGGUGUCCCUGAGCACCUGAUUGCAGAAAUAAAGUUGCCUGGUGUGGUUUCAUCGCGGUCGCUGGUGCUCGACAUUGGUGAGGACCGCCUUGUGUUGACAGCCCGUCCCUCACUCUACUAUCUUGACAUCUUCCAUCCCUUUCUUGUGGACCAGGAUCUGAGUGUGGCGCAAUACAACAGCAGCACUCAGAUCCUCACAAUAACCUUGCCUGUGGUGUCAUCUUGA